AUGGACGGGAAAAUGGAAAUCUCUCUCGACAAGCUUCCCAUCAAGCGCUUGGACGUCAUCGAAGAAAACGGCCUCGAACGAUUUCCUCCUGAUGUAGGUUACGAAGAGAAGCGGCAAUCGCUGAUUCGGAGAAUCGAUUUCGCUUGGGCUGUGGAGAAGGACGAGAACAAGAAGCAGAAAAAGAGCUCGAAAGAGAGUGCAGCAACGCAAUGGCAAUGGCAGAGCAUGGUGGAGAACUUGCAGCUGGCACACCAGGAGCUCUCUGUCAUUAUAGAUCUCAUCAACACUGUGGAAACGAAUGAUGCUGUAACAGUGGCUAGCAUGACGCGUCCAAAGCCAUUUCAUGAUGAAGUUAUGUCUGAUCUUGCUGUAUCUGCAGCAACCAAGCUACAAUGCUUCCGGCAUCUUGGGAAAUACUUUAAGCAGUCUGCCAAAGCUUUGGAGCGGCAGGUUGCUCGAGAAGCAAGAUUUUAUGGUGCUCUAAUCAGAUUGCAGCAGAACUGGAAAGUUAAGCGGCAGCGUGUGGCAGCUUCAGCUUCUGGAAAUGAAGGCUUCACCAUUGAUCUCUUUGACAGUUCAUUAUAUGAUCCAGCUGCUAUAUUUCGGCCAUCUUCUCUUUCUACAGUUCGUGUUGACCAUGACUCAGCUGGCAUGCUAGCAAUAAAUUUACCUCCAAACUCAUACCGUUCGCUUCAAUUUGGCUUUCUUGGUGCUGAUCCGGGUGUUAGUCCAAUUGAAUCCAGUCAAACCAAAAUCCGUUUGUCAAGUGAAGCAGAGAAAGAAUCUGUGAGCGACGAUGAGUGUGUUAAAGAAACACAUUCACUUCUUCGUGAAGUUCAUCAAGCAAUCUUCGAUGAGCAGGUGUUUGAUUUGGUAAAUCGUGAAGCAUUCAACCAGUCUCUAGGAGUCAAUGUGACUGGAAUACAAGAAAACUAUUUACAAUUGAACAUAGGUCAAGGAACCUCUGUGUUCAUAUCACUUGUCCCAUCUAGAGGUGAACAAACAGUUGACAGUCCAAGCACCCAAAACUUAGAAAAUACCAUUUUACCUUUGGACACAUUGGAUGGGUUGGAGUUAGCGGAAGAUAAACCGGAUACUGUAAAGAAAACUUCAGUAAUUCCUGAUCAAAUUAGUUGUGAAAUAUAUCUGCAACAGAUUUUUCACCAGCAUGUAUUUGUCAAAGCAAAGGAUAGACCCACUUCAGCAGGUGCUCGAGUAUCUGGUCAACUGGCCAAAGAAGGGCCUGGUCUUCUUGGUCAUUUCUGCAUGUCUUUGGCUCAUAGGAUUUUUUCAAACAAAGUUCUUAAGGAGCUGGAAAAUGUGGUUAAAGGGGUACCAUAUCUGCAGUUGUUAUCCCACCCCACUUGGCAUUCACGGACAUCAUCCUGGAUGCUCUUUGUGAAGAUUCCUGAAUCUAUUCUACAUGCAUGCCAAACCCGAACGUCAGACAUGCGUCACAUGAGGAACAUUACCAAGUCUCAGUUUCAUACUAAGGUGGUUGUAACUGAUGAUUGCAUCAAUGUAGAAGGGGAAGGUGCUCCUAAUGUUGUUGGCCUGUUCAAAGGGAAUUCUGAGGAAAUUUGUUCAAUGAACAGAUACGACUGUGACUUGGCGGAUCUUCCUGUGAUAAUUUUACAGCAGGUUGCAAGUCAAGUUAUUCGCUGGCUUCACGAAGAAGCUCUUAUGGUUGGAAUAAAGGCAAACAGAGACUUUCUAUGUUUGUCUUUUGAGCUGGAUCUGGGAGAAACACUCAGCUUGGUGGCACAUGUGGACCCAGAAGAUGGCGAAGGAUGUAUCUCAUGGUGGUUGGUCAUAGAUGGUGGUUUUGUAGAGGAACGAAAACUUAGUAUGGAUGCUUCAGAUGGUGCAUCAGAAUCUAGGAAGUUUUUAGGUCAUCUAUCCCUGGAAGUUUUAUAUUCAACACUGAUGGACUUGUCAGCCACAUUGUAUAACAUCGUAGUAGUGAAAUGUCGUCAGCCGCCCUCACCAACGCUCAUGCUUGAGGAAAAUGCAUGA